GCUGCUCGGCAGCCGUAAGUGAGCCGGGCUUGUAUGCGAAAGCGGAAGUUCGGGAUCGCUUUCGGAAAAACAUUUCGUGCAAACCGUGGCAUAACCCACUGAUAAACAAGAAUACAGAAUUUUCGAAAUAAUUUUCAGAUGAGAUGAAGUAUUGUAUAUAUAUUGAUACCGCUGUGUUUUAAAAGCUAUCGAUCAGACUUUGCUAUUGUGUUUUCGUCCUACUUUAUCGCAUCAUGCCAAAUAAUAUGCUAAAGUCUGAACUAUAGAAUCGCAACAAGGUAGUGAUGUCGGUAAAAACGAACGCGGGUAAAGCCACAGAUAGCGAUGAAGUGGUUAAAAACUAUCACAAGCAAGCGUUUGAGUAUAUAUCCAAAGCACUGAGGAUUGACGAAGAUGAUACAGGAGAGAAGGAGGAGGCUCUGCAGUGGUACAAGAGGGGGAUUGUUGAGCUUGAAAACGGCAUCGCGGUAACGAUCACAGGACAAGGAGAGCAGUACGAGCGGGCCAAGAGACUUCAGGAUAAAAUGAUCACCAACCUCACCAUGGCUAAAGACAGACUUGCUCUUUUAGAGGCCACAUUGGCUUCAAAAGACAGGAUUCAACCACAAAACGCUUCAGGUAAUGCUCAGAAACAAACAAAACCUCCUCCUAAAAGUCAGCCUGCGGUUCGAGGGGUGUUCAAAAACUCUAGGCCCUCCACAGCAGGAAGACCUCCUUAUAGAACCCCUGAUUUUAAGGUCACACCACAAGUGGGAAGACCUUCAAAGCAGACCCAGAAGAGGGAAUUGAAAAAUUUUAAAAAUGUAGACAGUAAACUGGCAAACAUGAUCCUGAAUGAAAUAGUAGACACUGGCACAUCUGUCACCUUUAAUGAUAUUGCAGGCCAGGAUUUGGCCAAACAAGCACUCCAGGAGAUUGUCAUUCUUCCUGCCUUAAGACCGGAGCUCUUCACUGGCUUGAGAGCUCCAGCUCAAGGUUUGCUCUUAUUUGGCCCACCAGGAAAUGGGAAAACCAUGCUGGCCAAAGCAGUCGCAGCCGAGUCCAACAGCACUUUCUUCAACAUGAGUGCAGCUAGUUUGACGUCGAAAUAUGUGGGAGAGAGCGAGAAGCUUGUCCGCGCAUUGUUUGCAGCUGCUCGGGAAUUACAACCUUCUAUCAUCUUUAUUGAUGAAGUUGACAGUUUGCUUUGUGAGAGGCGGGAGGGAGAACAGGAGUUCUCACGUCGUUUGAAAACGGAGUUCCUCAUUGAAUUUGAUGGGGUGCAGUCAAGAGGAGAUGACCGAGUGCUUGUCAUGGGAGCCACCAACAGACCUCAGGAGCUAGAUGAAGCAGUUUUAAGACGCUUUGCAAAAAGAGUGUAUGUAGCAUUGCCCGAUGAGAAGACAAGAGCCACACUCAUGCAACAUCUUUUAGCAAAACAUGGGAGUCCGCUCAGCAAAAAUGAGUUGAGCUGGCUUGCAAAAGCAACUGCAGGAUAUUCCGGAAGUGAUCUGACAUCCUUGGCUAAAGAUGCUGCACUUGGGCCGAUUAGAGAAUUGGGACCAGAUCAAGUUCGCCACAUGGCUGCGAGUCAGAUGCGCAACAUCAAGGUGAAAGACUUUGAGGAUUCCCUGAAGCGCAUCAAGCCCAGCGUUAGUCCAUCAACUCUCAAUAUGUAUACCCAAUGGAAUAAGGACUUCGGCGAUACAACUGCAUUUUGAGUUUAGUUCAUCUGUAUAUUAAAAUGAUCAUUUGGGGAAAGAAAUGUGCAUAGUUACAAGACAAUGCUAACAGCUGAGCUCUUUUGGCAAACCUUUUCUUGUAUUUAACUGGAAGCAACAUUUGCAUUGACUGUUUCACAGGGAAAUUUUGUUGAUGCAAUGACCCUAUCACUCCAUGUGUUAUUUGAUUAAUAGAUUCCACAGCACUGUUUUUGUAUUUUAUUUAUUCUCAAGAAUGUCCUGAAAAUUCCUCAUUAUUCUCCAACCACAUGAGGGCAGUAAUGUUCUGAAACCCAAUUACAGAACACAGCAUAGUGGUUUGCUUCCAUCAAUACAAUACAAUACAAUACAAUACAAUACAAUACAAUACAAUACAAUACAAUACAAUACAUGCUGAUUUAUAUAAAUUAAAUAUAAGGCUCAAUAAGUGCUCCCCACAAAUGCCAAAUUGGAGCAAUUGGGGGUGGGGGACAGUUCCGGACUGUUAUUUUGGCAGAAAAUAAAGUUUUUCUUCUUUUUUUUUCUUUGAUGCAAUGAUAUAGAAAGAUCAUAUAUGUUGCACUGUUUAAGAUUUUCUUCUGAAUUACACUUUUUCCAAUGAGUUAUCACAUUUCAGUAACUUGGAUGAAAAUGCCUGCAGCCACACUCAUUUUAGCAUUAAAAUCUCAAAGAUUGCCUUA